AUGUCUGCCUAUAUGGAUAAUGUUGAUAGGGAAUUCAUCAAGGGUCUUUUUCCUGAAUACUUACUUCAACAGCCAGUUGCCUAUUCGUUAUGGAUGUCAUACUAUCGUCAUAAGAAGGUAUUCCACAAGAUGAAGCACAAUGGCAUAAGUGACAUUGGUAAGCAGCAGUUAUUAUCGAGAGAAUCUGGUUACUACAGGUUGUCAAAUAAGCUGUCAUAUUCAGCGAGGAAAGAGAUUUGGCAAAAAUUGAUGUCUCUUGGUGUUUUAGGUACACUUUCAUUUGAUUCAGCUAAUGACGAAUAUUUGGUACAAGUCUACAAGUAUUUUCACCCAGGUCCUAAUAAUAAUCUGUCAGGAAAUGCUAGUUCAGGUGCACUGCCUAACGGUUCCAUUGGAAUGCAAUAUGCUAGUGGUAGUGGUGAUGAAAUGGAGGAUUUAACGAAACCGGCUAUUGCUGAAGAAGAGAUUUUGGCAGAAUUAGCCAUGCAAGAUGCAGAUGACAUGGAAGAAGAUGAUGAUAGAGAUACUGCGGAAGCCAUGGAUGAUGAUGAAGAUGAUGACGAUGAAGACGAUGACGAUGAAGACAACGAUGAAAGUAAUGAAGGCGUUCGUUUGGGGAGAAGAGAUGGGUCUAAUGUGACUGAUGAUGCUAAUCAAGAUAGUUCAAGUGGGUCUCGUUCAUCCCAUGGCUCUCAUCACGAAACAAUGAAUUUUUAUCCAGCGCUUGCCACUCAUGCCCAUCCAACAAAAUCCAAAAAUAACAAUAUGACUUCAGACGUCUACCAAAUGCUUGGUUAUUCAUUGCCAAGCCAAUGGGUUACACAGCCUAACAACUGUGUUCUGCUGUCUGCAGAUGGUAUAUCGCGCCUGAGUCCAAACCCCAACUGGCAGGCCUACAAUGCAUACGAAAGGUCUACAGCAUCUACAAGAAACAGACUGAGAAAUUCGUUUUCUGGGAAUCAAAAGAAUGAUUUUGCAGUUACCUGGGCAAAUAACUUUUUGCAUCUCAAUAAAUUAGGAAUAUUUUAUUAUGAAAUUAGAAUUCUAGGUGUGACUAGUUCCCAAGGUGCACAGAACAGUAAUAUCAUUGUUGGUUACAAAUGUUGGCCUGACUCUGAUGUAAGCGGUACAGUUUCAAAAUCUGAAAAUGAACGUGCUGGUCUCAGUGGUUCGGGCGUUCCUGGAUUGGGAGGAGGCUUAAGAUCUUCUGUUCGUAGCGGUGGCGGGUCCACUGGAUCGGCAGCUGGUGAUGAUUCUUCUAGUGGCGCUAAAUCUGGUAUUGAAGAAGGAUUCUUUGGAUACCGUGGUAGUGAUGGUUCCAUAACUGUAGGGUCGCAGUACAAGUCGUAUGCAAAACCAUUUGGACGUGACGAUGUUAUCGGUUGUGGUGUUAACUACGUUGAUGGUACGAUUUUCUUCACCAAAAAUGGUGUAUUUUUGGGUACUGCAUUCACAGAUUUCCAUGAAGUUAAUCUAAUACCUUAUAUUGCCCUUAGACAGGGAAAUUCUGUAAGGACGAAUUUUGGUCUUUAUGAAGAAUUUGUUUUUGAUAUCUUAGGAUAUCAGAACCGUUGGAAGGCAAAGGCUUAUAAACAUAUUUUUAAAUCUUCAGAUCAUAGUGAUCUUCUUGACGAAUUCGACCUUUCUGAUGAGGAGGAUAAUGAUCAAGAAGUAAAAGGUGAAAAAGCAAUGGAGAUUGAUAAUGAUGGAUUACAGGACACUGAUUCGGACAUUGCUUGCAUUAAAGAUUCUUUAUUGCUGAAGGAUACAAGGUUUGAAGAUGACCAGCUUCGUAAGCCUGAUGUGGAAAAGAUAAAUAACUUGAACACUGGUGAUGAUUCCAUACCUUCCACUUUGCAUACUAUGAUUAAUGAUUACUUGAUACAUGAAGGAUUAAUUGAUGUAUCCAAGGGGUUCUUGAAGGAUUUACAAAGGGAAAACGUAAGUAACAGUUCUGAUGAUAGAGGAGCCGCUGUUAUUAGACACAACGAAAGGCAAAUCAUUAAGGAAGAGAAAAACCUAAAGAUAAGACAAGAUCUCAGAAGAUUUAUCACUGAAGGUAAUAUUUCUCAAUGUCUAAGUUACAUUGAAUCCCAGUUACCGGGACUUUUACAAGAAAAUAUCGAACUGUUGUUUGAAAUUCGGGUGGCACAGUACCUUUUGACCAUCCUUCACUACAAGAAAUAUUCGAUAGAAAGUAUCGUUUCCAAGGGUCAAGAAUUAUCGAAAGAUUUCGUAUACAACGAAUCUGUUCCAGAAGAUUUGAGAGAGCGCUUCCGUGCUCAGUUGAGUAAUGUCUCUGCUUUGCUUGCCUACGAUGAUCCAGUUAAUGAAUCUCCAGAAGAGCUAGCGAGAUAUUUGUCCAAUGAAUACCUUCAAGAUCGCUUGUUCCAAGUAAUUAAUACCAAUAUUCUCAAAUUUUUAAAAAAGAACAGUGAUUCCAAACUCGAAACUGUCAUUAGAUAUACGAGGUCCAUGUUGGCGACGUUAAUGACAUGCAAUGUAGAAGGUUCGUCGGUCUACAAUGGAACGGAACUCAGAUAUUUCAAAAUACUCAAUAUAGACGAAGAUCUGUUGAAUCUAUAG